CCAUAGUAUGGCUGGUGUGAGCCGGUUUCUCUAUGGCUCUUGUCAUGGCCCUGUUUUUCAUUGCUCAUCUAUGGUGAUGAACUCUAUCUAGCUAGUGACAGCGUCCCCCCCAAAACAUCCCACCCACGUCCUCUCUUUCUCUCACAUGGAAGACUCAACAACCAAGAGGAGAACACAAAGCGAUGACCCAAUAAACGAUUUACCAGAGGCCAUUCUUAUUGUCCACCAAAGAGGCGGUGAGGAGAUCCCUCCUUUCCUGCUCCUGGAAACUAUUAGGUGUUGCGUCCGCAAGCUCAAUCUCGAUCACGAACUCGCCCCACAUCCCGAUCUUGAUACCUGGUGUCUCGUCACGACGGAAACGAAAUCGAGAUGGGAGGGAAAUGCCCACCAAAUCCUUCUUUCUCAUUGCGGCUCCAUCGACAGUUGCCGCAUCGUUCCGCCCUCUUGUCACGCCACAAAGGAUUUCAGCCACAUGGAUUCCAUCUUAGAAAUCCUCAUUCAAAAGGGAGCUCGAAAGCUUGGAUUUCUUAACUACGGCGGUUUUGCUUGCCCUCUUCAUCCUUGUCUAUUUGGUUAUCGAUCACAGGAGAUAUUGAAGUUCAGGGGAUGCGAAUUUGAUUGUCGCUUCGAGUUUGGUAGUCCCACCAAUCUGCGUUCGAUGGCGCUUCAGAGUGUCAAGCUUGACGAGGAGACGAUCCGGAGUGUUUGAGCGCUGGAAACAUACCGAAAUGCUUGCCUGCUAUCUUCCCUAAUAUCAAGAAGUUAGUUGUUCAACUGAUGCUGGACGAGCGACGGCGGAUAAAUCUUCUAGUUAGAUUGCUCAAAAGCUGCGCUUGGCUGCAAGAAUUGGAACUGGUGGUAAUCACUCUAUUUCUCAUAAAAUUGGACCAAAUAGAUCUUCAUUAUAUUUUUCUCUAUUGCAUUUGUUUCUGCAAAUAUACUUUGCUGCUUGAACUAUCAAAAUAGGCAUAACUAGGUGCUUGGCAACUGCAAAUGAGUCUAACAAGUGUACUUCCCUUGAUGGAAUCAACUUAAGUGACCAUUUUGUACAGAUGGUAUAUUGGUUGGUUGAGCCGAGAGCGCAGUCUGGAUGAACUUGGCUGAUCCGUAAUCCUUUCUGAGUAGGACAGAAUACAUGGACUUCUAGUACCGUAGAGCAUAUCACAAUCCUCUAAAACAUUUGACAUUUUUUUCAUACAAAAGUUACAUUUGAAGACGUACAUUUACUGCACUUUUAGGGCCUCCCAUAUGCAAGCUAGAGACUGAUGUUUCCACCCUGAGAAUUUAUAUUGGGAUCUGGUUGUAAUAGUAAGGAUCAUUUUUUAUGUUUGUGUUUCUUAAAGCAUAUCCUCUCCCAUUGCUGUACUCGAGCAGGCUUGCUUAUGAAGAACUCUAAAAGCUCUCAAACAUUGUGAUGCAUUCGCAGCCAACUUUGACUGACCAAACAUCAUUCCCACAUUUUCUGACGACUUUUUGUUGUCGAUGUCUUCUGAAGGAAAUUUUUAUGCCAAGACAAACGGUCAAACCUACGAAUCUGGGCAUAUUCUCUGAUUGACAUGAUCAAACUUCUACCCAAGAGAUGAGAUGUCUGCCAAAAUUAGAAUUGAAGUUCCACCUUGCAAGAAAAAGUUUGCUAUUAAUGACUUGGUCUCUUUGGCUUCUUUCUGUCAGACACUGGUUGAUUAUUCGGUGAAGAAACAAAUGAUGUGAUAUUUUGGAAAAGAAAGGGAAGCUUUUAUUAUCUUGACCACAACCUUGAACGAGUUCAACUGAGAACCCACUGUGGCGAAUUUCAGUUUGGUUUUGCAGCAUUCAUCAUCAAAAGUGCGGAAGUUCAAAAGAGUAUGACCAUUGGUGGACGCAUUUAUCCGGAACAUGCAGAACCCGCAGAGAGGUUUUUAUCAUUGAGAAGGGCCUCUCCAGAUGCUCAAAUUAUUAUUCAACCCUAGUGGGUCUCCAGUCUUUUGACAUCCUUUCUUGGAUCCGAGAGGCUAUUUCUUAAAGCUACGUAUGCAUAGGGGACCAUCUGGCAAUCACAAAACUCACAAGCUGUAAACUGUUCGAGAAAAACAUCAAAUUUUGAUGUCACUAUGAUUUAUCUGCUUGUGGAAACAACCAUGUGAUUUUUUCUUAUUGAUUAACGGGGAAAAUGUUUGUGCGCACAUGCACCGGAUGCAAUCAGCAAAAGUUACUGUAAUAUUAAUUUACUGGCUUGCUUUUCUUCGUCUAAACCACGUGGCUAUCACUACUCAACGUGUUUUUGCCGCCCUAGAGUCAAAAUUAAAGAAUAUGACUCCAUAAUACCGAGCCCCUUAAUAUUUUUAAAAUUUCUCCAUCCCAAAUACGAGGAAAAUGCUUCUUGGAAUUGAUCCAGCACUACCACGAUUUUUUCCCUUUUUCUUUUCUUUCUCACA